CAACUUGUUCCUUUGAUACGGGCCUACGGUUAGACUAUGAUGUCACUGUUCCCUAACAUGUUUGGGAGGGGUAAAUGAAGAGUUUUCUUGUAGCUAAUCGGUGAAGAAGGAAGCGUGACGCGCUAGAGUGGGAUUAGAAGAUCAGAGUGAAGUGCAGGGGACACCGCCGCAGGUGACGAUGGACAAGAAGAAGGAAGUGGGCCCUGCGGAAAGCGCCAACGGCUGUGAUCUCUUCCAAGGAAAUUGGGUUUUCGACGAGUCUUACGUUAAUCCCUACAAUUCAUCGCAGUGCUCCUUCAUAGAGAAGCAGUUUGAUUGUGAGAAGAAUGGAAGGGUUGAUAGUGACUAUCUCAAAUACAGAUGGCAGCCCAACAACUGCUCUCUUCCCAGGUUUGAUGCGAGAAAGUUUUUGGUAAAAAUGAAUGGCAAAAAGGUGAUGUUCAUAGGAGACUCUUUGAGUCUAAACCAGUGGCAGUCCCUCACAUGUUCGCUUCACGUGGGAAACCCAAAUGCCAAGUUUACUUUACAAAGAUUUGGACCCCUUUCUAAUUUCUCAUUCCCAAAGUACAAAGUUUCCAUAUUACUGUUUCGGGCUGCGUUUCUAGUAGAUCUUGUUAGAGACGAAGAUGGAGAGCGGGUGUUGAAGCUGAACUCCAUUAGCAAUGGCACCCUAUGGAAAGAAAUGGAUGCUCUCAUCUUUGAUUCCUGGCAUUGGUGGCUUCACACUGGCAAAAAACAAAACUGGGAUAUUGUAGAGGAUGGAAAUGUUAGAUACAAAGAUGGAGAUAGAUUGGUGUUGUAUGAGAAAGCUCUUCACACUUGGGGAAGAUGGGUUGAAAACCAAGUGGACACUACAAAGUCUAGAGUUUUCUUUCAAGGAGUCUCCCCAGAUCAUGACCUGAUAGAUAGCUUGGAAGUAACAGGAAAUUGUACGGGAUUGACAAGACCAACAAAAGUACCUGGAAAACCUCAUCCUGGGGAAUUAGUGCUGGAGAGAGUUUUAAGAAGAAUUUCCAAGAAAGUGUAUCUGUUGAACAUAACUACCAUGUCACAGUACAGACAAGACGGACACCCGUCAGUUUUCGGUGUCGGCAGGCACCAACAUCCUGAUUGCACGCAUUGGUGUCUACCAGGAGUCCCAGAUACUUGGAACCAACAGCUUUAUACACUUUUGUAUAUACAUUCAUAGACUAUAUAAAUCGAAUACGUCUUUGAUAAAGUAGUGAGAUAGAAUGAUAUAUAUAUUUUCUAAAUUGGAAAAUAAUUAUGUGGCACUCUU